CAAAAAAUGACGCUUCGUUUGUCAUCAUAUAAAAACUCUUGCAAAACGUUUGUCUGUACCAUUUCUUUCCCCUCGUUUGUCGAGUGUAGAGUGCAUUGUAUUGCUGUUUUAUUGAAUCCACGUUGUCAUCACUAUAUUCAGAAAGUACGACAGCUUUUACUGCGAUCUUCAGAAUCCCCUUCUGGUUCUGGUGAUUUUUCAUAGACAUUCAAUCAGUCUUUGGUCACAUCCGAGUAUUUCUUCAUUUCACCAUGAGUUCUGUGGAGCAGAUUAGUGUCAUCCAGCUGCCUAAAGAGGUAGAUGUCUUCCACUACCACCGCAUGCAGUACUCGUCCGUCUUGCACCAAGGACAACGUAGCAAGAUUCUCUUGGCGAGGAGCCAAAUCAUCCCUGACAAGAAAUUCGCUGUCAAGCAGAUGCCUCUUCGCUCUGAUGAGGAUAGAGAUCGCUUCAGCCGUGAGAUGUGGCUGAUGAAACUGGCUUCUGACAUACGUGGAGUUGUGACUUUGUUGCCUCGUCCCGUCUUCUGUGGUCCCACCGGCUAUCUCAUCAUGCCGUUCUACGAUAAGAGAGACCUGCUCUCGCGGACAGGGAAACUCAGCGACGACAACUGGAUGAAAGUGUUUGUCAGGGCGGCGGUGUCUCUCCGAAGCCUUCACAAGAAAAAUAUUUAUCAUCAGAACUUGAGGCCAGAGAACAUCCUCCUCAGUACCCGUCAUGUCGCCUUCAUCUCUGACUUUGGCGCUGCGUGUCUACUCUCUGAGGGAUGUGACAAGGUGGACACGUGGACAGCUGCACCUGGUUUCCGGGGACCCGAGGCGGACAAGGAGGAUGGUCAGCUCUGUCCAUUCCAACUGGACACCUACAGCCUGGCUGUCAGCAUGUGGCAGGUACUGUCUGGUCUGUGUCCAGUCAAGAACAAGCCUUUGGAUCACCUAGACAACAUUCCCCCACAGUACGCUUCCUUGUUGAGGAACCUUCUUCUUCCGGACCCCGACAUGAGAUGGACCCUGGACAAGUUCCUCACUGAGGCCCUGGAGCUGCAGCCGGACCUGUCCUGUUUUCUCUAAGACGUUUGGAUCCCGGUUGUGGCGUUCUAAAGAUAGUUAGAAGGCAGUCUUAAUCUUCGCACGUCUUGACUUCUCACUGUUAAGUUCUAGUUUGAAGCUUUAUACAACGCCUUUGAUAAACUGAAGCCAAUGUCGUAAUACUGUUCUGAAUUAUAGCAGGCCCAAGAGAGAGAGAGAGAGAGAGAGAGAGAGAGAGAGAGAGAGAGAGAGAGAGA